GCCACAGCUCCAGCAGCGAUGCUUUGCAGAAUGCACCUCGCACCCUUCGCCUCCAGCUCCCUGGCCAGCCGGCUGGGCACAGUGAGGACCCUCUGGCCGCACGCAGAGACCAUCUUCACCGAGCUGCAGCAGGAGAUGGCGAGGGCUCGGCAGUUCAUGAGCAGCUUCGAGCAGCUCCUGAGCAGCCAGGUAGCCAACGCCGUGGAGCGAGCCCCGAGCACCAGCGCGGCCCCGACCCAGGGCUCCGGGGAGGGCUUCUCCAUCUGCCAGGACGUGAAGAACUUCGCUCCCGAGGAGCUGUCGGUGAAGGUGGUGGGCAGGAAGGUGGUGCUGGUGGGGCAGAAGGAGACGCAGAGCACGGACGAGAAGGGUUCCUUCUCCUACAAGUACGAGGCGCUGAAGCGCGAGUGGGACGUGCCCGAGGAGGUGGACGCCGAGGCCCUGACCUGCUCCCUCACCAAGGAGGGGCAGCUCCGCAUCGAGGCCCCCAGGCUGGCACUGCCAGCUGCCCCCGAGAGGAACGUGCCCAUCCAGGUCAGCCCUGCAGCCCCCCAGCUCGGAGCAGCCUCUGAGGAGGGAGCCAGUGGCAAAGCCAAGGCGUAAGGGGAGGGGGCUGCUGGCC